UUAUAUCGGCGGAAGGCGAGGACGUCCUACAGACAGACACGUGCGAUGCUUGUGUGCACCUCAGAGUGGUUUCUGUCCGAAAACAAGAGCUCGGGUGGGAUUUUUUCCACACUCAGACCGGCGAAGCACCAGACUUUUUUCCUAUAAAUAUCAACAUCUGACAGUAUUUGUUGACAUAAGAAUCGUCAACACAGUGUUGGAUUGAAGCUGGUGGUGAACCGAACUUAUCGGACUGUGUGAACACAGACUCCUGGUUUUAAACUGAACACUUCCUGUAGGAGAUUGGACUUUUUCAGAUCAUGGCUGACUAUUUAAUCAGUGGUGAGACUUGCUAUGUACCUGACGAUGGUCUUACAGGGCAGCAACUCUUCAACUGCGGAGACGGCCUUACCUACAAUGAUAUCUUGAUUCUGCCUGGGUACAUUGAUUUCACUGCUGACCAGGUGGAUCUGACAUCAGCCCUGACAAAACAAAUCACAAUGAAAACGCCGCUGAUCUCAUCACCUAUGGAUACAGUCACAGAGUCUGGAAUGGCUAUUGCAAUGGCGUUGACGGGUGGUAUUGGCUUUAUUCAUCAUAACUGCACACCAGAGUUCCAGGCCAAUGAAGUCCGCAAGGUCAAGAGGUACGAGCAAGGUUUCAUUACCGAUCCAGUGGUGAUGAGUCCGAACGAACGAGUUAGAGACGUCUUCCAGGCUAAAGCCCGACACGGUUUUUGUGGUAUUCCAGUAACGGACAACGGUCAGAUGGGUGGACGGCUGGUCGGCAUCAUUUCGUCACGAGAUAUCGACUUCCUAAAGGAGACUGAGCACGACCUACCUCUCAGUGAGGUGAUGACUAAGAGGGAGGAUCUUGUUGUAGCUCCAGCAGGAGUGACAUUGAAAGAGGCCAAUGAAAUCCUUCAGAGGAGCAAGAAAGGUAAGCUUCCUAUAGUAAAUGAGGAGGGAUGUUUGGUGUCCAUCAUUGCUCGGACAGAUCUGAAGAAAAACCGAGAUUUCCCACUGGCAUCAAAAGACUCGCGUAAACAGCUGCUAUGCGGCGCAGCCAUUGGUACACACAAUGAUGACAAAUACAGACUCGACCUGCUGGGGCAGGCUGGCGUGGAUGUAGUCGUCCUGGACUCAUCUCAAGGAAAUUCCAUCUACCAGAUUAAUAUGAUUAAGUACAUUAAGGAGAAAUAUCCCAGCGUACAGGUCAUCGGUGGCAACGUGGUGACUGCGGCUCAGGCGAAAAAUCUAAUCGAUGCGGGAGCGGACGCCCUCCGAGUGGGAAUGGGCAGCGGCUCAAUCUGCAUCACGCAAGAAGCGCCUCUCAGUAUCCCUCCUGGUUUAAAGCUCCUCAGCCCCAAAACCCCAACUACUGUUACGGGAUACUGCAUGUUGGCGUGUGGAAGACCACAGGCUACUGCUGUGUAUAAGGUGUCAGAAUACGCCCGGCGGUUUGGAGUGCCUGUGAUUGCUGAUGGGGGAAUUCAGACCGUUGGACACAUUGCUAAAGCUCUUGCACUGGGUGCAUCUACAGUAAUGAUGGGAUCGUUGCUAGCUGCCACCUCUGAAGCUCCAGGUGAAUAUUUCUUCUCGGAUGGCAUCCGUCUGAAGAAGUACAGAGGGAUGGGCUCACUGGAUGCCAUGGACAAAAACCUUGGCUCACAGACCAGAUACUUCAGUGAGAGUGAUAAGAUUAAAGUAGCUCAAGGAGUUUCAGGGGCUGUUCAGGAUAAAGGCUCCAUCCAUAAGUUUGUCCCAUAUCUCCUUGCUGGAAUACAGCAUUCCUGCCAAGACAUCGGUGCUAAAAGCCUCACACAGCUGAGGGCAAUGAUGUAUUCUGGUGAACUUCGGUUUGAAAAGAGAACCGUGUCCGCUCAAAUGGAGGGAGGAGUGCACAGCUUGCACAGUUAUGAGAAGCGCCUGUUUUAAAGAAGAAACCACAUAUGCCAGUACAUGCACAGCCACUCACACAUACAUGCACAAACCUCCGAUUAAUGAACUUCCACACGUGCUUUUGCACAUACAGACACCCAAACACACUUGAGAACCUCAGCUUCCUCUUUCUCGUCUUCCCGGACACCUCUUCUCUGAGCGAGGAGAAAAAAUGUGUCAAUGUCUAUAUGCAUAUGCCUAUAUGAGUGUGUGUGUGAGAGUGUAUGUGUGCUUGUGAGGAGCAUGUGCUGUCUGCUCUCAUGCGUCAGAUGCAUUACAUGUCAAAAAGAUGUUCAUGUUUUAAUCAUUUGACAACUGGGAAAGUAUUAAAAAAUAAAUUUUGUUGCCACACA